AUGUCGGCGGUUGGCACAGCGGCUCUCGGUACUGCAGCGGCGGCUCCAGUGGCCGCUGGUACUGCAGCGGGAGUCACAGCAGCUGGCACCUUCAACACCAUGAAUGAUGCCAUAUCCAAAUUCGUAAACAGUUGCACGGAAGCAACUGGACAACCAAAUACUGUCCUUUAUUAUAGAAAUUAUCCUCAGCGUGGUGGAAACCGCGGACGUGGAAAUUUCAGAGGUAACUAUCGUGGUCGUAAUAAUAAUCACAACAACUACAAUGGUACCAACUAUAAUAAUAAUGGAAGAGGUCAAUACAGAGGAAAUAAUCGAGGACGUGGUAAAUCGAAUCGAGGCCACAGUAACAAUAACAACGUGAGAAUAGCCCAAAAUGCAUCGGGAAACUCCCAAGACCCUUUAAGUACCCAACAGUAG